UCACCUGACCACAUAAUGUCCCAAGGCCCCAGCUUCCCCCAUUUUCUGACCAACCAUGAAAACAGCACCAAGAGGCUGAUGCAGGAAGCAGAAAAGUGCCAAGAAAAGCAGAAGAGAGAGAGAGAGAGGGUGCGUGGAUCCUGCAUGAGGAGGCUCCAGCCUCUGGACGCACCGCAGCUGGAGAGCUCCCCCCGGGGUCUGGCCAUGCGGCUGCUGGCGGCUCUGCUGCUUCUCUGGGUCCCAGGCUCUUUGUGUCUGAGCGGCCCCAGCACUGUGACGGGCGCCGUGGGGGGAGCCCUGAGUGUGCAGUGUCGGUACCAGGAGGAAUACAAGGAGUUUGACAAAUACUGGUGCAGACAACCCUGCUCGCUAAUUUGGCACCAGGCUGUGGAGACCAGAGGAGCCAAUGUGGAGGUGAGGAGCGGCCGAGUGUCCAUCGUGGACCGUCCCGAGGACCUCACCUUCACCGUGACCUUGGAGAACCUCACUGCACAGGAUGCAGGAAAAUACAGGUGUGGGGUUGCCACGAUCCUGCAGGAAGAAGGACUCCUUGGCUUCCUGCCUGAUCCCUUUUUCCAGGUUCAGGUGAUUGUUCCCCCAGCCUCCAGCAGCAAUAGCUCUACGGGGAUGCCUGAGCCACUCAGCCGACAGCGAGGGUCCCAGCUCAGCAGCAUCCACUUCCUGCUCCUGGUCUUCCUGAAGGUGCCCCUGCUCCUGGGCAUGCUCAGUGCUGUCCUCUGGGUCCACAGGCCUCACGGAGCAAUUUGUGGGGAGACACAGCCAGCCUGACCAAGACGACCUUCAGCUCCUCCCUUGCCCGGCACCGUCCUGCUCAGAGAACCAGCCACUCGGACUAGAGAAGAAGGAACACCUGAUCCUGAACCUCAUGUCUCUUUUCACCUUAAUACCAGAGACUUGCGGGGGGAAAAAAAAACAACUUAAAAAAAUGUCACCUGUUUUGCUGUGGUGGAAAUGAAUCCGACCAGUAACC